UAACUCAAGGAAAAAUGACAGAAAUAUGAAUUAGGAUUUUAGUGGUUGGUAAAUAAAACUGGAGGGCAAAGAUUGUAAAAAUGGAUCAAAAUCAAACUGCAAAUAUACAGUACCGUUAUGCAUCCCAAACUGGUGAACUAGGGGAGGCUGUGGAUCCAAGUGGUAUAAAUGUACAACCUGUUGUUGCUUUACAAGGAAUGGUAGAUAAUCGGCAGGUCAUCUACACAACCAAUGAUGGCGAUGGACAAUUACAGGUAUAUCACCAUGAUGGCAGUCCAGCCAUAGCAGGUCUUGAGGGCCAAGACACCAUUGUGUUUUUGGAUGAAGGUAUGGAGGUGGAGACAGAGACUGAGGUUGCCACGGCAUCAGAGGCUGUAGAAGGGGUCAAGUAUGUGGAAGAAAGUGGCGAACAGAUGCAAAAGAUCAUCAUCCAGGUGGCAGCACAGGAUCAAGUGGUUACACAGCCACAGGUGCCCCAGCGUAUUGUAAUCCCAGGUUUGGAGAAUUAUGUUGUACAAUUGGGCGAGCAGGAACAACAACCUGAAAACAACCAACUGUAUCAAAAUAUACAGCCAAAAUCUAUAAUUCCAAAGGUGGCCGCUAGAUCUAUAGAGAAAUCCUCACACAAGUCACAACCGUCCUUUAUACUAAAAUCUCCACAGCUUGUCCAACAGAAUAAUACCAUCCAGUCUGUCACACCUGUGUCUACCAGUCGUGGUGACCCAUCACAACAGCCAAAAGUACUGAUUAGUCAGAAGCAAGUGAAACACCAAAGAAAACGUCCAGUGGCACAGAAUGAAAAUACGGAGUACAUCUAUGUUACAAGAGUUCUUGCUUCUUCUAAAUCCGAGAAUAAUGAGCCUGGAAAAUCAGUUUAUAACACCAUAAAAGUUUAUAAAAACACACCAAAAAAUGUUGAUGAGAAAUUACAGGUGGAAGGAUUCUCGUCACGAAAAGAAAUAUCACAACAGGUGACAGACCAGACUAAAGUGCAACCUCGGAUAAAAAUAGUGCCACUUGUUUCACAAGAGGUGGCAUCAUCGUCACAGGUGGUAGCAGUGUCACAACAGAUGGCAAUGUCUUCAAAACAGGUGGCAGAAGUGACACAACAAAUGACAGCAUCAUCACAAGAGGUGGCAGAAUCUUCGAAGCAAAUGUCAACAGUGUCACAACAGAUGGCAGUAACAUCACACCAACAGAUGGAAGCAACAACAUGCCAGGUAGCAGUAACGCCACAUCAGGUGUCAGCUUUGUCACAACAGAUGCCAGAAGCAGUGCCCACACAGGCAUCAGAAACGGUUUUAAAACAGCCUUCUCAACAGGUGCAGUUAUCGAAUAAACCUCAAACCAAACGGCAACAUAUGGUCUCGGUGAAGGGGGCAAGCAAAAAUAUCAUUAGGAAAGGAGGUAAUAUUUUCAAAGUAGAUCCAGUAUCCAAGAAGAUAAUUUUUGAACCCUCUUCCCCAAAGGAUAUGGUGAGUUUGGAUGAAAACUCCAAAAACAGUUCUGAUAAUACAACAAAUGUUGAUAAUGGAGAGCCAGAUGUUGCUGAGGAGGAUGAAGAGGAACCAGAAGCAAAGAAAUCAAAGCCAAUGUCAUAUAAGAGCGUAGAAAGAGAAACUACAGGAGAGAGAGAAGGAAAAUGGAAAAGGAAACCAAAUAGCAGAAAAAUUAAAACCAAAUUUCGUUUUAGUCCUGAGGAUGUGGCACCUCCCCCUAAAAAGCAAGCUACAAAACCCAAGAAAAUUACAAAGGGGAAAACAUCUAAAGGUGCAAAUACAGUAGAUCCAGGUAUCAAGAUAAAGGAGGAGUUUGAGGAGGCGGAGGAGGAAGAAAGUACCACUGCACCCAAGAAGAAGACAGAUAAUGAGGAAGAAGUCGAAGAGGAAUUGGAAGACAAGAAAUGUCGAAUGUGUCUUUCCCUUCAUAAUGCUGAAUGUCCAUUGAUGCGUCGAAGAGUUACAUCAUGUAUUAAUGACAAUUCGAACUGUUUGAAUUCAACCAUGCUUUCCUUACAGACCAUUCCUAAGGAAUUUGUACUCAGUAGAAGAGACAAACACGGCCUUAGUGUAUUUGCAUCGGAUAUUAUUAAGAAGGGUACACACUUUGGACCUUUAGUGGGUGAUCGAUUGACAUUUGAGCAGAUUUCACAUAAAAUGAACUUUACACAUCUGUGGCUUAUAGAGACAGAGGAAACCAUCAAUGCUGUGGAUAAGAAAACGAUUAAGUACAACGUCAUCAGUACAGAAAAUGAGACGAACAGUAACUGGUGUAGAUAUCUGAGACCCACUCUGAACGUACAGGAAUGUAAUGUCAUCAGCUACUGUAAGAAUGAAGAGAUUUUAUUUGUAGCAAGGGAGGACAUACAAGAAGGUGAAGAGUUGAUUGUGUAUUUUCGCUUCAUUGAAGACCUUCAUAACGAGAUAUGGUUUGCUGACCUGUGUAACCGUGAGCAGAAGUUGUGUAAGAGGUGUGAAGUAAUGUACACAAACCUCGUCAGCUAUGUAAAACACGUUCAGGUGUAUCAUCCAUACUCCCUUAAAAAGCUGAAGGCCAUCUGCAAGGAAUGUGGCCUUGUGUUGGAAAGUACUGGAGAACUCACUAAACACUGUAAAGAAGAACAUCAAGGUAACGGGGCCUUUGUCUGCAAGGACUGCGGCAAGCAAUUUCCAAUACCACGUGGCCUUCAACAACAUCGCAAGUUCUUUCACAUCGUUGAAGGUAAUUUUCCAUGUGAACAUUGUGGGAAAUCAUUCUUUAACAAGUUCAAACUGCGGAACCACAUGCGCAACAAGCAUUCAGGGAAGGAGCACAGGUGUGAAAUCUGCAAUAAGGUAGUUGGGUCUCAAAAUGCCCUAAACCGCCAUCGCAAGUCCCAUACUCAGGAGGGUUACAAGUUUACGUGUGAUCGCUGUGGAAAGUCUUGUCGCGAUAAUAGUAACUUGAGAUCACACAUGUUAACUCAUAUCAAGGCUAGGAAAUUCCCCUGUACUGUUGCAGGGUGCUUGAUGAGAUAUGGGUCAAAAAUUGCUCUACAAAUGCACUUUGCCAAAACUCAUUUUCUAUCAGCGGAACAGAUCAAAGUGCAUAUGCUCAGUUUGAUGAACACAAAUGAGCAAGAUUUGGAAAAAUCGCAGCAGCAAGACGGUAGUGCAGCUGUUGUGUCCGGUACACAGACUGAUCUUGUGUACGAGUUGGAAAGUGAGAAUGAUGAGGAAUCAAGUGAAUACAACUCGGAAUGACAUUUUUACAUUGACAUCACACCUUUUCAGAGAUCAAUAGAAAUCAUAGAAUUGUGAAUCCUGUUGGUAUUUAGAUCUGUCAGAGCAUAAAUGUACUUAAGUUACUGGUACAGAAAAUAACCUUCAACAAGUUCUGCCAUUAAAUACUAUAAACAUUAACCUACCUCUUGGGGUUUUACCCUUUUCGAAUUGCUUUAUGAUAUCAACAUUCAAAUUUAUGAAUUUCAACAUUGUGGAAAGCAUACUGCUUGAAAUAUCUGUGUUGAUCAUCAUUAUGUAUGACUGAAUCCUUUAUUUUAACAAGAAGUGAAAAAAACACCGGUAAAACAAUAACUGACCUGAUGGAUAUGUGAUAUAUUUAUUAAUGUGAGUAGGAAUGAUAGUUUCAAUUCUUAUGCAAAAGUAAUCGCUGUUCUGCCAAUAAAUAAAAGGUGGAAGCAUGAUAAAGUAUCAAGUAGAAUAAAAUGGUCAUUGAAUAAAAUCUUGGGCUGUUUUUACAGAUUGUAUUUAAUUAAUUGUAACAGGUUAAGUAUAUUUUGUUAAAAUUGAUUUUGAAUUCUAUCCAACUGAUUAUGUUUUGACUGGAGAUUAAAUCAAUUUGUUCCAGCAAGCUAUUGUUAUAGUAUUACUUAAAUGAUACAUUAAAAUAAAUUAUCAUCA